AUGUCUCCUUCACAUUCCUCAUCACCAUCAUUUAAUACUUCUCCUUCUGUACCACCUCCUCCUUUAGUUCUUCCAAAAUCUUUUAAAGCUGCUCAAUCAUACCCUAGAUGGGUAACAAUAACGAAAGCUGAGCUUGAAGCUCUAGAAUUGAACAAUACAUGGAUCAUCACUGACUUGCCACUUGGAAAGAAGGCUAUUGCUACCAAGUGGGUAUACAAAAUCAAGUAUAAGGCUGAUGGGACUGUAGAUAGAUUCAAAGCAAGACUUUUGGCAAUAGGAUACAAUCAAGUGGCUGGAAUUGAUUACAUUGAGAGCUUUUCUCCAGUUGCAAAACUUGUGACUAUUAGAGUGUUCUUAUCUGUGGCAACUGCCUUCACUUGGCCAAUCCACCAAUUGAUAUCAAUAAUGUAUUUCUUCAUGAAAUCAAAGAAGCAAACCACAGUUAGUCGUUCAUUUGUUGAAGUAGAACACCGAAACAUGGCCACUAUGCGAAGAAAGAAGAGAACCAGCUAUGCGCACCGUUUCAUUAAGAUAGUUUUGAUAGCGAAGAAAGAAGAGAACCAGUUAUGCACACCGUUUCAUUAA